AUGUCGCAGCGAGGCAGAGGUGCAGCGGGCGUCGCCGAGGCCGGGCGCGGCGGGCGCGGGUCCGGGCGCCAGCAGAGCGUGCAGCAGCCGCGCGAGGCCAAGUUCGGACGAGUCAGCGGCGAGCUGGUCGAAUCUGCGAUGUACCAGUACGCACCGGACCAGAAACCGCUCCCCAUGGUCGACAUCGGCGUCAACCUGGCCGACAAACACUUCGUGCGCGACGUCGACGACGUGCUGCGCCGCGCCGCCGCGGCCGGCGUCGCAGGCAUCAUCAUCACCGGCUGCUGCCUCCGCACGAGCCGCCGCGCGCAGACCGUCGUCGCGGAGCACGCGCACGGCUCCGUAGCGCUGUACAGCACCGCCGGCGUGCACCCCCACAACGCCAAGUCCUGCGACGCCGACACCGUCCCCGAGCUCCGCCGGCUCCUGCAGCACCCGCGCUGCGUCGCCGUAGGCGAGUGCGGACUCGACUUCGACCGCAUGUUCUCGCCGCGCGACGUCCAGCUGCAGUGGUUCGAACAGCAGCUCGAACUGGCGGUCGAGGUCGCGAAGCCGCUGUUCCUGCAUUGUCGCGCGGCGGAGGAGGACUUCCACCGCGUGCUCGCGCGGUACGCGCCGCGGCUGCGGGCGCCCGCGGUGGUGCACUGCUACACGGGGGGGCGCGAGGAAGUGGAGCGGCUCGUGGCGCUCGGGUGCUACGUGGGCGUGACGGGCUGGAUCUGCGACGAGCGGGACGGGCGCGGGGAGGGCCUCGCGGCGCUGGUCCGGGACGUGAUUCCGCGCGACAGGCUCAUGAUCGAAACGGACGCGCCGUGGCUGACGCCGCGGUGCAUCACGCCCUCGCGGCAGAGGCCCCGUCGAAACGAACCUGCCCUGCUGCCGCUGGUGUGCGAGGCGGUGGCGCGCGCGCUUGACAUGACGAUGGAGGAGGUUGCCGCGCUGACGACCGCGAAUGCCUGCCGGGUCUUCGGCCUCGAGCUGCGGGCGUGA